AUGGCAGCGAGCGCGACGACGGGGGUGAUGAACCCUCUCCUCGGCAAGCUCAGCCAGCUGCUCAGCGAGGAAUACAAGAAGCUCACGGGGGUCAGGAAGCAGGCCUCGUUCCUCAAGGACGAGCUCAGCGCCAUGAAAGCUCUGCUUGACAAGAUGGAGCUCAUGGAUAACCUCGAUCCCUCCGCCAAGAACUGGAGGGACCACAUCAGAGAGAUGUCCUAUGAUAUGGAGAACUGCAUCGAUGACUUCAUUCAUGACAUCGAAGGUGCCCGUGCAAAGAAAGGCUUCGUCAGGAAGAUGGCGCAGCGCCUCAGGAGGUUGGGGAGGCGUCAUCAGAUCGCCAACCGCAUCGAGGAGCUCAAGGUCCUUGCGGUGGAGGCGAAUGCUCGGCGUGAGCGGUACAAGAUUGAUGAUUGCAUCGAUUCGAGUCCUGGCCCUGUGGCUGUGGAUCCCCGGAUUUCGGCUGUUUACAAGGAGGUAGCAGGCCUCGUUGGUAUUGAUGGCCCAAGAGAAGAGCUUGUCAGUUUAUUAAUGGGUUCCGAGAAGAAACUCAAAGUUGUUUCCAUCGUGGGGUUUGGAGGCUUGGGUAAAACUACGCUCGCAAAACAAGUGUAUGAUGAGAUUGGAGGAAAAUUUACAUGCAAGGCAUUUUUCUCGGUCUCCCAAAGGCCGGAUGUGAAAAGCCUUCUUAGUGGCCUACAAUUCAAGCUUGGCAUGGGGGGUUCUUCUCAUGCUUAUGAGCUGCAAGAUAUUAUUGACCGCCUUAGAGAACACCUCAAACAUAAGAGGUACUUAAUUAUAGUUGAUGACUUGUGGGAUCAAUCAGCAUGGAAUACUAUUAGGUGUGCCUUUCCAGACAAUGCUAAUGGAAGUAGAGUGAUGGUAACCACACGAUUGGAUGACGUAGCUGCCACAACAUGUCUGAGUGAUCGUGCCUGCAUUUACAGUAUGAAGCCACUCGAAGAGCAAGACUCAAGAAGACUAUUCUUUAGUAGAGUAUCCGGGCCUGAAAAUGUCUGCCCACCACAGUUUAAAGAAAUUUCAGCUCAAAUUCUCAAGAAGUGUGGCGGAUUGCCACUUGCAAUUAUCACCAUAGCUAGCCUAUUAGCUAGCCGUGAAGCGAGACCGUUGAGUGAAUGGGAGAGCAUAAAGAAUUUCCUUGGUGCCAAGUCUGCCACAAAACCCACCUUGGAAGAGAUGAGGAGUAUACUGAACCUUAGCUAUAUGCAUCUUCCUGUUUAUCUUCGGCCAUAUUUUUUGUAUCUUGGCAUGUAUCCAGAAGACCGUGAGAUUCAGAUGGAUGACCUAGUUCGGCAAUGGAUAGCCGAAGGCUUUGUCUGUAGUUCGUACAGAGCGGAUUUGGAUGAUGUUGCGGAAAGUUAUUUCAACGAGCUUGUCAAUAGAAGUCUGAUUCAGCCUGUAGAGACAUGUCAUGGGAGGGUACUUUCUUGCAGAGUACACGAUAUGAUGCUUGACUUGAUCCUAAGCAAGAGUACAGAAGAUAAUUUUCUCAGUGUAGCAUAUAACCAUGAAGACAUUGCAAGAUUGCAUAGUUGCGAGUACAAGGUUCGUCGAUUAUCCCUCCAAUCAGAUGUAGGUGGUGCAAAGUCAGAGGCCCUUGCUACUAGCAUGUCACAAGUUCGAUCAUAUGCAUGGUUUGCAGAGUCCCAAUAUACACCUCCCCUUUCACAAUUUAAGUAUCUACGGGUGCUUGCCUUUGAGUUUCCAUAUAAUUGGAAAAUGACAGUCAACCUCACUGCAAUUGGCCAUUUGUUUUUACUGAGAUAUCUGAAGGUUUCAGCCAUAUCAGCAGGUGUAGUGCUCCCAGCAGAGAUUCAAGGGCUUGUGUAUUUGGGAACUCUGGAGUUAUAUUGCAAGCCGCCGCAAAGCUUUCCUUCGGAUAUAAGUUAUUUGGCGAACUUGUUUCAUCUGGUGCUUCCAGAUUGUAUAGGGCUGCCUAAAGGGAUCAAGAAGAUGAAAUCCAUCCACACCCUGCGAUGUUCCGCAUUGGCCAAGAGUUUGCUGGAUGAUAUCAAAGGCCUUGGUGAACUGACCAACCUGAAGGAAUUGAACUUAAGCACUUAUUACGGCAGGUGCUUGACGUUGGAACAAGAGGAUGCUUUGAUCUCCUCCAUCGGAAUGCUCCGAGACCUCAAGCACCUCUUCCUCGGCUGCUCCUGUGUACGCAGUGAUUCUGACAUCCGGUUAGAGUCAUUAGCUGAUCCCCCUCCCCAUCUCGAGGUACUCAAUGUGUCAUGCUGGAAGUUCAGUAGAGUUCCCAAAUGGAUUCGUGAGCUAUGUUGCCUACGGAUCCUCAGUCUGCACGUGUUGCACCUGUCUAGUGAUGAUUUUCGUGUUCUUGGGGAGCUUCCCUCCCUCGUCGAUGCCAGUAUCAAAGUGUCGGAUGUUUCCCAAGACAAGGUUGUGAUGGUUGGCACAGGGUUGUUCCCGGUUCUGGAGGACUUCUCGCUUACGGCUGAUAAAAAUGCCAUUGUAUAUCUGGAUUUCGAGGCAGGAGCUAUGCCCAAGGUACAAAGGCUCACCCUGCAAUCCAACUGGAGAGAGUGGAGAGGUGCUACACCAGUCGGCAUGGAGUGCCUGCCCUGCCUCCAGGACAUCCGCGUCUGUCACCAACACUGCCACCUUGUGUCGAGAGAAACGCUUAAGAGAUGCGAUGAAAUUGAGUCUGCCUUCGAGCGCGCUGCAAGCCUGCACCCAAGGCAUCCCUCUGUUACUUUUCUGUAG